AUGGCAGAGCAGCUUGCGGAGCGCUCGCACACGUCGAAAUGCACUAGCGCAUUUGCCUUGACAGAACAACUUCGCGCUAUCGCCCGGGAUCUGCGAGAUGCGUGCAAUUUGCCGAACGAAGAGAAGCAGGCUGCGUUGCACAAAUCGGCCGCUCAGCUGGAUGACGCUGCCGAUGCGGUCGGCAAUAUGGUGAAGCAAUUGGAGUUUCGCUCAGGUGGUUCUUUGCCGACGCAUUUCGUCGGCGUGCGGAUGCCUGUCCACGUGCGGCGCCGACUAGGCCACUUGCAGUCGGAAAUACUCAAGCGAGAAGCACGCUUGCAAAAAUCCGCCGUUUCCAUGGAGAAGUCGCACGUUACGCUGUUGGUGGCAAAGCUGGCUUUUGACGAUAUCAGCAAAGCGGCAGAGGCACUGCAGCGCGGGGCGGAGGCUUGGCGAAGCGAAAGACUUGGCUCGGUGCAGAUUCGAGCCGAAGGGCUGGGUCAUUUUCCGCAGAACGGCGUACUGUACACUCGCUUGCUGCCACGCGAUGUAUUCGAUUCGUUGCGGAAGCAUUUGAUGCAAGCAUUUGCUGAACGCGGCUUGACGCUGGUGGACGAGAUGCCGGAUGAAGCAAUUGCAAACGCGGAAGCAUCGGCAAAGUCAGGCGAUGGACCAUCAGCUGAUGCAGCUGAAGUGGCAGAGGCUAUGGAGAAAGAGGAGGAGAAGGAGAAGGAAGCCAGGGCAGAAGACUCCGUGGAGUCUGAGCAUCAGGCCCCAGCUCCGAAAAGCAAGAAGUCAGGCCCCCGGGCGCUAGAAACGGGGAGGUUUACGUAG